GUGACGCAGGGCAGCUGGCCUCGUUCUGGCCGCCGCCGCCGCCGCCGCCGCUGCUCUGGGGCGAAGUAGGAUGAGGCCCGCGGCUGCGGCUCCGGCGUUGGCGGGGGCAGCAGCAGCUGAGGCAGCAGCUGAGGGAGUCGCGGCGGCCGCGCCCCCCCCUCCUGACCUGGAUUAGGCCCAGCAGCUCCGUAGCCGCCGCCGCCCCGCGGGGGGGCGGGGUGGGGAAGUGCUUCGUCUCCCCGCCCCCCCGCCCCCCCCCCCGCCCCACCGCUGGCGCCUUGUAGGAGGCAACCGCCGCGACCCCAGGGAACCCGCGGCCCAGCCUUAAGCCCCCAACCCCGGGGGCUGGCAUGAGCGGCCCUUCGGCGGCGCCGGGGGGCGGGGGAGCCGCCGCCGCCUGAGCCCCGGCCCGCCGCCGGACCCCACCUCGCUGACCGAGGCUGACCGCGGAGCGUGCGAACGACCCCGCCACUGCUUUCUUCCUCCCCUAGAUCACACACCCCAGCCCCGGAAGAUGGGGAACUGCCUCAAGUCCCCCACUUCGGAUGACAUCUCCUUGCUUCACGAGUCUCAGUCCGACAGGGCUAGCUUUGGCGAGGGGACGGAGCCGGAUCAGGAGCCGCCGCCGCCAUAUCAGGAACAAGUUCCAGUUCCGGUCUAUCAUCCAACACCUAGCCAGACUCGCCUGGCAACUCAGCUGACUGAAGAGGAACAAAUUAGGAUAGCUCAAAGAAUAGGCCUUAUACAGCAUCUGCCUAAAGGAGUUUAUGACCCUGGAAGAGAUGGAUCAGAAAAAAAGAUCCGGGAGUGUGUGAUCUGUAUGAUGGACUUUGUUUAUGGGGACCCAAUUCGAUUUCUGCCGUGCAUGCACAUCUAUCACCUGGACUGUAUAGAUGACUGGUUGAUGAGAUCCUUCACGUGCCCCUCCUGCAUGGAGCCAGUUGAUGCAGCACUGCUUUCGUCCUACGAGACUAAUUGA